GUCACAGGGAUCAGGCAGUAGUAGAAUAGGUUACUGCUACAAUAGGACUGUAGGAUAGACAGAACAGAAUGCAGUGAGAGCUGUAAUCUUGCGGGGCCGGCGCUGUUCCUCGUGCGUCUGCGAAAUAUGGCUCCGUUUGGUCCCAUGACACCUCAAAGGCUGCUGUCUGACACUAUGGACAGCCUAGAGGAGACGGUGGACUGCACCACAGCGAACUCCUCACGCUCGACGCCCAUCAACCCCUCCUCGAGCACGGAGGUGGAGAGCAGCUUGCAGUGUGAUGAGGAUGAGCAUAGCCUGCUCCCGGACGACGUGCCCGGGAGUGGCGCGCAUGCUCGUGCUCAAGUUCCCGGCCUUCCGCGGCACGCCUUCGCAGUGGAGGACUUUCGGGAGAUCAUCAAGAACGAGCUGAAACGGCAGGCGGGACUGCGCUAUGUGCCUGACCGGCCGGAGGCGAGGCGGUUCGCAUCUCUGGAUCGCCCGCGCAUUGUGAGCUGGCUCGUUGAAGUGGUCGCGGCGUUGAAGCUCAGCGAAGAGGCACUCCACGCAGCUGUGUCGCUACUGGAUCGCUUCGUGGCGGGGACCGAGACGUUCCCUCCGGAGCACGUGCUGCAGCUGCUGGCGCUCGCUUGCGUCAGCUUGGCCUCGAAGCACGAGGAGGUGGCGCAAUACCGUGCCGAUGACUGGGUCGGGCUUGCGGUGGACGGCAACAAGAAGCCACUGUAUCAGCGCGAGGACCUGCAGCGCAUGGAGUGGCUGCUGCUGGAGACGGUGGACUGGCGCAUCCGGGUACCCAACUCGCUGGUGUUUCUGCGUCAGUACCACAACGCACUGCUGUACGAGGAUGGCGUGGUGCCGGCGGACGUCGCCUCGAUGGCGGCCUUCAAGACGUGUGCCAAUUUCCUAGCGGAGCUAUCGCUGCUGUACGACGCCUUCCUGCCUUACGGCUACAGCACCGUGGCCACCGCCUGCCUGGUACUGGCGGAGUGGACUGUGAAGGGCAACGCUGGGCCGGCGGCGUCAUCGCAAGCGGGCAGUGCUGCGCCUGCCAUCCGCACGGUUGCGGCGCUGACGGAGUUGGCGGGCGUGGACGUGGCCGCGCUGGCGCCGAACCUGGCGCCCUGCGUGGAGGCGCUUCACCAGCUGUACGCCCAGGCCACGGCGCCAGGUCCCGACGGCGCGUCGCCCAGCGCCGCCAAGCUGGGGCUGCUUUCGCCAGUAGUCGCGCGCUACGUGCCGUCCGCUCAGCGGUGAAGCGGCUGCUGCCGCCAUCGCGGUGCAAAGCGCUUGUGCGUAUAUACUUGUAUGCUCUUCCAUGAUCAGGUUGCGGCGGCCGGUGGCCGCCGCCCUGCUGGUUAGUAUUGCAUUUUGUGCAAGCUGUCACGUGGGUUUUCAUGCCGCGUGGGGUCUGUCCUUCGCCCAGCGUUGUGCGCCUGUUGAAGAGGGGUGGUGUCGCUUCAUUCUAUGACCCACUGCCUCGGUCGGGUGGGGCGGCGGCUUGUGUUUAGCCAAGGGCGAGGGCUGAGUUUGCAUCCAGCGGCUGCUGUUUGUGGUAUGCAUCAUCAUCAAUGGUAGGCCAUAGCAGGUGAAAUGCAGAGUAGGAAUAGUCUCGCCUGCGCACAUCCUUUUACGCAGAAUUUGAGUUGUGGGCUGGUUCUGGUGCCCCCGUUGCCACUGAGACCGGCGUUGGUUUAUCAGAAUAGGAUACAGCGUGUCCUGCAGUUAGGCGAGGCAGAGGUCGAGGUUCAUUAGCCUUCUCGUCGUGCAUGUUUUGUUUUUCCUUGCAUAGAAAGGGAAGCCCCAGUCUUGGCUGUGCGGGCUUUGAGCUGUUUCAUCACUCCCUUUCGUGGUGCUCUGAUACGCUGGCCGUGAUUCCUGCAACAUCGUUUGCGGUACUAAUUAAUAACCGGGUGGAGUUAACGGGUUCAAAUGGAGCGCAUUUAUGUCCGGUGGGGGUGCGCGCGGCUCGACGUCAACGCACGAGGAAGGCUCCGAGAGGACGUCCGUGAGGUAGAGGAGGUGCAGGUCUCUAUGUUGGACAGGCGUAAUUACCUGAACAUAAACCGGCUGGAGAGACCAGGUAUGUCUGUUCAUUUUGGUGAACGAUGGACUGGGGUACAAAGAAUGCAGAAUGCCUGCCCGUUGUGCACCUCGCGGCGCGUGGUGGGGCUGCGUGCUGUGCGUGUACAGCACGUGGCGAGUGCGCAGGAGGGUUCAAGGCGUGGGUGUACGCUUGGAAGGAAGGCAGACGCUUUUGGCCAUGGUAAAGAGCCGUAGCUAGUAAUGGUGCUGAGCUGCAGGUGCACGGGCAGGGCUAGCAGGACGCAGGGCUAACUUGGUCCAGAGUUACAGCCCGGUUGGAUGCAGGGCUUAUACAGGAUUAGGUAGGAAUUCUUGAGUAUGGUAGUGUAGGGUAGCGUUGCAGUCAGCGUGAAGGGAAGUGCGCGCAAAGUAGGGCGGCUGCCCACAUGAAUUGUUCUUGGGGCGGUGUUUGUCGACAGUCCAUGCUUAUCUGCUACGUGGAUGGUCAAUUUGUUUGCAGAGGUAGUCAGCCGGAGUCCAUUCGGGACUUGGUGUAGACGUGUCGCUUUAUUCUUACGGUGUGUGUAGAGAUAGUGCUCGACUAAAAUAUUCGUGAGAACUGAAGAGAAUAACUUGGAUGCCAUUGCGCAACUGAUGAACGCAGAAGCUUCGUAGGUGGCACGUAUGGCCCCCACGGGAGCAGCUACCGAGCUCCGACUGAAACUGCGCAGGCCAGGACAGUCGGGGCAAGGCAUGCGCUGCAUGCCCCUUGAAGGCAGAGACCAUGCACAAGGGAUCCCAUGUAAGCUGAAGCGCUACCCUCCUGGCUUCCUCUGCGACAGUGGGGGGAGGGGGGUUGUAAGCGGAUGAACGGCAGGCA